AUGAUCGAAUAUGUAGGCGUUCCGAAGAAUGAGGUCGCCAAAUGGGUCGGCAUCUCCUCCGCCGUCACGUCCAUCAGUCAGGCUGUCAUGGCUGUAACUUGGGGCACUGCCUCGGACCACUUCGGUCGCAAGCCGAUCAUCUUGUUGGGGUUGACCUGCACCAUGGUUAUUUCCUUGUUGUUCGGUUUCUCGCAAACCCUGGGAUGGAUAGUGGUCACCCGCGCACUGCUCGGGCUCAUGAACGGUAACGUUGGCAUUAUCCGUACGAUGGUAGCCGAAAUGGUCCCAGAGAAGGAGCUGCAGCCCCGUGCCUUUAGCGUCAUGCCUCUGGUGUGGACUAUUGGUACUAUCUUUGGCCCUGCUUUCGGAGGCGCCCUAGCACAUCCGGCGGAGAAGCACCCGGAUAUCUUUGGCAACUCGGAGUUUCUAAAGAGGAAUCCUUUCAUUUUACCUAACAUAGCGUCUGCCAUUCUCUUUAUCGUUGGUAUUGCGACGGGGUUCUUGUUCUUGCAUGAAACGCUGGCAACGAGGAAGGACCACCGCGACUACGGCUUGGUAUUGGGCAAAAUGCUGACCAGUUGCAGUACUUCCCGAGAGGAGAAAGCGCGGUACGCAGUGCAGGACGAUGAGAACACCCCUUUGCUGGGUGGGAACCCGCCCCAGCGGAAGAAAGCCCCAGUCAAACGACCGAGUUGGAAGGAAGUGUUCUCGCCACAGUCCAGACUGAUACUCAUAGCGUAUGCCUUGAUGGCGCUGCACACGAUGGCAUUCGACUCACUUCUCCCAGUGUUCCUGCAUACUCCUGUCCAGCAAAUCCAUGAUAAUCCGGAUGUGCACCUACCAUUCAAAUUCAUAGGAGGAUUUGGCGUCGAUUCCCAAACGAUCGGCUUAUAUUAUACUCUUAUUGGAAUCAUCGGGAUGUUUCUGCAAUUCCUGGUCUUCCCAAGCGCGGCCAAGCGAUUUGGUGUCCUCAAUUGUUUGAAGGCCAUGGUCCUCGUAUUUCCCGUUAUCUACCUUGUAACCCCGUUCACUGCUUUGGUACCAGAGUCUCUGCGUCACGUAGCAGUUUUCAUCCUCAUGCUCUCAAAGCUCGCCGCGACCAUCUUCGGCUUCCCCAGCAUCACGAUCCUGCUGACCAACUCAGCCACCAGCCUAACCGUGCUGGGGACCCUGAACGGAGUUGCCACGAGUAUCAGCGCCGUGGGACGAGCCGCCGGGCCCGCCAUCUGCGGUGCAGCAUUCACAUUCGGCGUAAAGAAAGGAUACGUCAUCUUCCCUUGGUGGAUCCUCGCCAUUUUCGGCACUUUGAGCGCUGUCCCUAUUUAUUGGACCGUUGAACCAGAUGGAUUCCAUGGCAACGAUGCUGAAGAGGAGCAGGAUGAACCACAGGAAACCGGCUACGGGGCAGCUGAUCACCGCCAGUCCCCUGAGCCCAGGACAAGCCACUAA